AUGAGUUCAGCUCUAGUUCAACGUGUCAAGGAUGGCGACAAGCCAAUUCUAACUCGUGAGCCUGCGCCAGUACCACAACCUGGCCCUCACGAGCUCCUCAUAAAGGUAUCCCACGUUGCACAGAAUCCAACUGACGUACAAUCAUUCGAUACCAAUGCGUUCGGCGACGGUACAGUGCUCGGGUGCGAUUUUGUGGGCACGAUAGAAAAAUCGGGCGCGGAGGUUUCGAGGGCCAAAGAAGGCGACAUCAUCGCUGGUCUCAUCUGGGGCGGUGAGAUAAAGGGGCUCGGGGCUUUCGCCGAACAUACUAUCGCAGACGAGAGGAUCAGCUUCAAGGUUCCAAGCUCAGUCCCGCUCGCAGAGGCGGCAACCGUGCCUCUGGCAGCUGCGACAGCAUGGCUCGCUCUGUUUUCCAAAGAUUCACUCUAUAUUCCAAGAUCACCUGGCAAAGAAUUGGCCGUUCUCAUUUGGGGCGGGAGCUCGUGCGUUGGUCAAUUCGCCGUCCAGAUUUCUGCAAUGCAUGGUUUCAAGGUGAUCACUACAUGUAGUGAACACAAUUUCGACCUCGUGAAAUCACUGGGCGCUCAUCAUGUGUUCAACUAUCGCGAUUCCGACGUUGUGAAGAAGGUUCGUGACGUGGCCCCGGACUUGGAAUACGUAUUCGACACCAUCGGAAAUUCCGACUCGUCCACCUUGGCCUCGCAAGGCAUCAAGGAGAGCGGAGGCCGGCUUUGCACAGUGCGGCCGGGCAAGGUCAAUACAGAAUCAGUGAGCAAGCAGACGACGGUCACCGAUGUCCUCGUAUGGACUGCUUUUCUCAAGGACCAUAGAUACAAAUCUUUCUUUUGGCCGGCGAACCAAAGCGACCAUGACUUGACCUCGGAGUUAUUCGAAAGGCUGCCCGAGUGGCUGGAAAGUGGUAAAAUAAGACCCAGCACCGCAAAGGUUUUGAAAGGACUGGAUGCUGUUGUCGAAGGGUUCCAAGAGCACAGGGAUGGCAAGAUCUCAGCCUAUAAGAUUGUCUACGAGAUUUAA